AUGUACCUUUUGAUCAAAGUACCUUUCGUUAAACUUCAAAGAAAUCUGUGUUUUAAUCGCAUUACAUUACAUUACAAGCUUUUUGAUUUCUAACACAUAUAAUAUCUGACAUUUCAUACGUUUUGGUCAUAUACACGUUUUACAUAUUAUAAAAAAGUGCAAUUGCUGGAAACAUUUCGAGUUCUCAAUGCAAUAACGUAAAACGUGACAGUGUUUCAUUUUUGUGUUGUUUUCUUGAUUAACUGAAUCGCUUGAAGAGAUUGGAAAAAUAUUUUAUUCAUAAAUUACACAAUUGACAAAGUUUUCAAAGAGGAAGAAAAUAUGUUUCACUUACAAAUUUAAUUAGUGGUAUGUAUCAUACAAGUUUUCUAACAAGUGCAAAAUGUUCGUAAACAUAUAUAUAUAUCUUUUUGUGUACAUAAAAUAACAUAAAAGAUACACAUUUUAUUCUGUAUUUCAAAUUAAUUUUAAAAUACAAAGAACGAAACGACAAAAGCGCUCUUAAGAAAGUCAAAUCGUUCGGUCGCUGAUCGAACAGUCAUCACCAUUUCGCAAAAUGGUGCAGCAAGAAGCGGUGGUCGUGAGGAAUGCUUCGAAGCGUUAUGGGAAAGGACAGCCGAUACUCGAUGGUUUGAAUAUGAUGGUUUCAAGGGGUUCCAUGUUUGAAGAUCCCAUUUAUGGUUCGACGGAUCUCAAUUACGCAGAUUUCAUGGCACCAGCAUACCUGUUAUCACUUGUCUUCUUUUUAGCCAACACAGUCUCUACCACCUUGAUAAUCACCGAACGAGUGGAGGGUGUCUGGAAUAGAAGCGUAGUACAAGGGGUGAAAACAGAAGAAAUUCUGCUGUCCCACAUUGUUAUUCAGAGCAUUGUCAUAGUUAUCCAUACCACUAUGAUAAUGCUCUUAUUCUUCCCUAUAUGGGGUUUGGAAUGUAAAGGAUCGGUAUUCACCAUGUUCGUCCUUGUGUUUCUCAACGCUUUUUGCGGAUUGAUGUACGGUUUCGUUAUCUCAGUUAUGUGCAAAAAUCACACCACGGCACAUUACUGUUCGACCGGAAGUUUUUUCCCGCUAAUAUUACUCAACGGUUGUUUGUGGCCGUUGGAGGGAAUGCCGGACGGGCUUCGCUGGCUUAGCUACAGUUUGCCAACUACAUUGCCCGCCAUAUCUGCGAGAGAAAUCAUUUACAAAGGAUCUUCCAUAUCUGACUCAGAAGUUUACAUUGGCUUUUUCAUAUGUUUAGGAUGGAUAUUGGUGCUCUUCAUCAUAACUAUACUUGGUGUAAGGUUGAAAUCCUCGUGAUAUUAUUUAGAAAUGUAUUUGUUUAUAAAAUACAGAAACAGUUUUGCAUGCAGAGUUCAAUUAAACAAACUUGCAGAGUGUUUGUUUAAAUCAUUUGAGUAAACCUCUUGAUUUAUGAGUGAUAUAAGAAAAGAUAUAAUUAGUUUACUGAUUCAUAUAGUUGUGUGAAAAAUUACUUGCUCCAAAAGAAUAAAUUUCACGGUUAUAAGUUUUAUUUAUUCAAUUAAUUGUAAUUGCAUAAAUUAAAGAUUUAAUUUUAUUAAAAAAUAAUAACUAUUUAGUAUUUGAGGCUCUCUCGAUGUAUGUACAUGAAUACUAAUUGUAAGUUUGGUUUUCGAGUUGGUGCUGUGUCAAGUUUAUUAUUUCACUCUGACAUUUCGUGAACAUUUACUCCAUCCGAGACAAACAAUGCAGUAUUAGUUUAUUUUUUCCUGAUAAAGUGAAAUAAAAUGUUCACGAAGUAAAAUGGGAAUCUUACGAAAAUCCAAUCCGAGAUUCAAUCCUAGUAUCAAUAACUAUUUUUUAGUUUAUUAUAUAGUACAAUAAUAAUAUAAAAUUAAUUACUUCUGUGUGAUAGCAACAAUUAAAUGUUUUUAAAGAAUAACGAUAUGUAUUUCAGACAGAAAAUAGCAUAUUACACUGAAAUAUAUACAAUAUAUUAGAUUUUGUAAAGUACUUAAUUGUGUUAAUAAUUAUAUCAAUACAAUAAAAGAGUAUGUUAGUUAAAAAAAGAAUAGUCAAUUUUAAUAUAAUUAUAAUUAUACAUUUAUGUUUAAAAUUAAAGAAGUCCAAUAAAUUAGAACAAUUAACUCAAUAGAUGAUGAGAAAUGUAGAAACCAAAUAGGGAAAGGCAAUAAAGAUACGCGCAGUUCAUUAAA